AUGUCGCUAGAGCCGCCCACCUACCUCAGCUCUCUGCAAAAUAAUAUUCGUUCUCGGCCAAUUCCAUGGGAGGGUGCCGUCAGAGCGGGCAAUAUUACCGAUGAUCAUCUCAAGAAGAUCAAGGCGGUAGACAAGGUGCGCAAGGAACAGCGUCGUCAGACAAUAGAGGCCGACCUAGAUGGCUAUACGGGCCUACUUGCUGGAGGAGAGCAGGGCAAGAGUGUCUUGGACUACGCCGCUCGUCGGACAGAUAUGAUUCAGUACAUUUUGGUGCUAGCUUCAGAUCUGAUUCAGGACGUUCCCUCGCUGGCCGAUGCUCUUAUCUCGCACCCGGAACCAUACAAGUCAUUCCUCCAGUUCCUGCAACCCACGAACACUGACCCAAUUCCAUUGCUCGCCUCUACCUUCCUCACGACUCUUGUAUCGCACAGUCUUGUUGCCUCGACCAAAUCCGCUCCUCGUGACGAGGAAGCUCUUCCGCAGUUGUAUAUUUUUCUCUCUACCCUGACCAAGAACCAAGAUAGCGCGGUCCAGGAUAUUGGAGUUCAAGGAUUCUCGGAGCUUCUCCGAAAGAAGAGUUCUCGUGAGAUCUUUUGGAACCACCGCAAAGAGACUUUGGACCCUCUGAUUGAAACUCUCCGUGCUGCUGCUGGGGGCAAGGAUAAUGUCAGCAAUUCCGGAGCGAGCAUCUCAGGAGCUAGUACACCAGCCCCCAGCACACGUGGCAUUGAGUCCGGUCUUGCUGGAGGGAUUGGUCUUCAGCUGUUGUAUCGGGUUCUCCUUGUGGUGUGGCAACUCACAUUCGAGAGCGCACUCGUCGGUGAAGAGCUUCAAGAGAGCUAUGAGAUUAUUCAACUCUACACGCAGCUCCUGCGAAUGUCGCCAAAGGAGAAGACCACUCGUCUUCUUGUUGCAACUCUGCACAACCUUUUCUUGCAAAAUCGGAAUACCUUGCUCCCCGUUGCCGUGUUUGUUCGGCUUCCAUCACUUUUGACUAACCUCAAGGGACGUCAUCUGACAGACCCCGAUCUCCUCGAAGAUUUGGAGGCUCUAUCAACCAUGCUUGAUGAAUAUACCAAGACUCAGACCACCUUUGAUGAGUAUGCCGUCGAAGUCCAGUCAGGUCACUUGCGCUGGUCGCCCCCGCACAAGAACCCUACCUUCUGGAAGGAAAACGCACGGCGCAUUGUGGAUGAGAACAAUGGUGCUCUGACCAAGAAACUUAAGGAGAUUCUGUCUAAGAGCUGGGAUAAUGACAAGCAAGUUUUGGCCAUCGCCUGUAACGAUGUCGGCUGCUUGGUGAAGGAGGUUCCAGAAAGGCGCACACAACUCGAACGCCUCGGUCUGAAAGUCCGGGUGAUGGAGUUGAUGGCCGACAAAGACGAGACGGUGCGGUGGGAAAGCUUGCGGGCAGUGGGCGAAUGGCUCAGAUACACAUUCGAUGGCUGA